AUGAUUAAGAAGCGGAAGGUCCGAAUGGAUGGAAAUGGAAAGAGAAGAGUACCAUUUGCCAAAGACGAGGAACUGAACGUAGCCCCCCCUGUUGGAAGCACAAAAGAAAAAAAAAGUCAUGACAUCAAGGAUGAGGAAGAAAACAAAUUAAAUAAAUUAAAAGCAUCCCAAAAUUUAAAAUUACUACAAUAUGUGAGGUUAAAAAAGAAGGGAAUAAAUGCGGACAACUUAAGUAAUGAUAACGUAGCCACACAGGAUGAAGAAAAUGAAAAUAAAGUACACGAAAAACAUUUCACCAAGAAUAUCACGGAGAAGGAAAUCGAAGAGGCACAUAUAGAAAAUUUUAUUCGAAAAAAUAUGGAUCAGUUUUACCAGGAUGAUAAACGGAGAAAAGGCAAGAGGAGCGGCGACGACGGUGCCAGUGUUGGUACGAGUGAUGGUGGUGAUGGUGAUGGUGGUGAUGAUGAUGGCGGUGAUGAUGAUGGUGAUGAUCCUGUGAAGGAUCUGUACAAACUGUCUGACCACCUAAAAGUUAAAAGCUCUGUUGCCGCUAACCCAGAGAAGCUAAACUGCAUCACAGGCAUAACGGAGGUCCCCUUGCCCAUUGAGGUCAAACUCAAAAAUAUUGAAGAGACGGAAAAGAUCAAGAGGAAGCUUCUGAAGAAAGCCAAGCUUAUAAAUUGA